GCGCGCUGGGAUGAGGGCUGCCGCCGACUCCUGCUGGAUUUCUCCGGAACCCGUUUGCUAAAUCUGCUAAGUCUUUGUGUUUGACCUACGGCCUCCUUCCACCCGGCGACUGCGGAGGACGCUUUUCUCUUCGGGUUUUCCUUCCAGUCGUUGUCGAAGGUGUGACCCACGUCAUCCCAGCUGUUCCAACGUGUCGGGGAAAAAGAAAGAGAGAGAGAGAGAGAGAGAGAGAGAGAGAGAGAGAAGAGAGAGAGAGAGAGAGAGAGAGAGAGAGAGAGAGAGAGAGAGAGAGAGAGAGAGAGAGAGAGAGAAAGAGAGAGAGAGAGGGAAUCAAGGGGGAGCAGAAAUCAGCCUGAUUCAGAUCUUCUGGUUACAGAAGGCUCUUGGUCGGUGUGUUACUGUGUUUUUCCAUCAGAGGGAAGCACCAGGAGACCACGUUCACGUCAGGAAGAUGUAAGAUGAAGGAUCUCAGCAAGUAGAAAAGUUUCUGAGUGCAUUUGGUUUAACAAAAGGAGUCGAGCGUGAGGACAUGAACAAAGACAGAAAGUUGCAUCUGAUGGUCUGUCAAGCAAACUUGAAGGAAUAAAUCUAAAGCACUUCAGGGAGAAGGAUUGUUUUUGAGAUCCAAGAGAAGAAAUCAGGAGAACGAGCAGAAUGAGGCACCUUGGCAGGGAGGUGGAGGUGGAGGGCAGCGUGAGGUUGAUCAUGGAGAGCUCGUUAUCGGCGAGGGACCGGGUGGGGGUGCAGGAUUUCCUGCUGCUGGACAACUACACGAGCGAAGCGGCGUUCAUCGAGAACCUGCGACGGCGCUACAAAGAGAACCUUAUAUAUACGUACAUAGGCUCAGUGCUGGUGUCGGUGAACCCGUACAAGGAGCUGGGGAUUUACUCCAAACAAAACAUGGAGCGAUACAGAGGAGUCAACUUCUACGAGAUCUCACCACACAUUUUUGGCUUGGCCGAUAACUCGUACCGCGCCCUGCGGACCGAGAGGAAGGAUCAGUGCAUCCUGAUCUCAGGAGAGAGCGGAGCAGGAAAGACCGAAGCUUCCAAAAAGAUCCUGCAGUACUACACUAGCACCUGCCCCCCACGCAACAACACACAUGCCAUCAGAGAGAGACUGCUGCAGAGUGUCCCUGUACUGGAGGCGUUUGGGAACGCUAAAACUCUGCGGAACGAUAACUCCAGUCGCUUCGGGAAGUACAUGGACGUGCAGUUUGACUAUAAGGGAGCCCCGAUCGGCGGCCACAUCCUGAACUACCUGCUGGAAAAAUCCCGGGUGGUGCACCAGAACCACGGAGAGAGGAACUUCCACAUCUUCUACCAGAUGCUGGAGUCCGGCGACACCUCACUGCUGAAGAGGCUAGGACUGGACUCGGCCAACCCGCAGCACUACCGCUACCUGGUCAAGGGUAGCUGCCCACGUGUGAGCUCCAUCAACGACAAGAACAGCUGGAAAACCAUGAGCCACGCCCUCACCGUCAUCGGCUUCAGCGUGGAGGAGGUGGACGAGCUGCUGAAGGUGGUCGCUAGUGUUCUGCAUCUGGGAAACACUCUGUUCGGAGAGGACGAGGACGGACAAACACACGUGACCACAGGGACUCAGCUCACGUAUCUCGCCGAGCUGCUGGGGGUGAAGGGAUCGACCCUGAGUGAAGCUCUGACGCACAAGAAGAUUGUCGCCAAAGACGAAGAGAUGAUCGGACCGCUGACCCUCGAGCAGGCUCUCUCAGCACGCGAUGCCCUGGCCAAAGCCAUAUAUGGGCGCACCUUUACCUGGCUCGUCCAGAAGAUCAACCAAUCGCUGGCCUUCCCGGAUGAAGUGUACUACACCAGCAAGUGCUCCUCAGUCAUCGGCCUGCUGGACAUCUACGGCUUUGAAGUCUUUCAGCACAACAGCUUUGAACAGUUCUGCAUUAAUUACUGCAACGAGAAGCUGCAGCAGCUCUUCAUCGAACUGACGCUGAAGAGCGAGCAGGAGGAGUACGAGUCUGAAGGCAUCGGGUGGGAGACGGUGGAAUACUUCAACAACAAAAUCAUCUGUGAAUUGGUGGAGGAGAAGUUCAAAGGCAUCAUCGCCAUCCUGGACGAGGAGUGUUUGAGGCCCGGCGAUGCCAGUGACAUCACCUUCCUGGAGAAGAUGGAGGACAGACUGGGGGGACACCCUCAUUUUAUCAGUCACAAGCUCGCUAACGGUAAAAUCCGCAAAGCUGUAGGACGGGAGGAGUUCAGACUGCUGCACUACGCAGGCGAGGUCAACUACAACGUGAAUGGAUUCCUGGACAAAAAUAACGACCUUCUCUACCGAAACUUAAAAGCGGUGAUGUGCCAGUCAAACAAUCAGAUAGUGAAGGAGUGUUUUCAUCUAGACGAACUGACAGACCAGAGGAGACCUGAGACGGCUGCGACCCAGUUCAAGCUGAGCCUGACCAAGCUCAUGGAGAUCCUGAUGUCCAAGGAGCCGUCGUACAUCCGCUGCAUCAAACCCAACGACUUCAAACAGCCAGAAAAGUUUGAGGAGGUGCUGGUCAGACACCAGGUGAAGUACCUGGGCUUGAUGGAGAAUCUGAGAGUGAGAAGAGCGGGAUUUGCGUACAGAAGAAGCUUUGAGGCUUUUCUUCAAAGGUAUAAACCUUUGUGUCCAGACACUUGGCCGAACUGGCAGGGGAGCCUAUCAGAAGGCGUCUACACACUAGUGAAACACCUGGAUUACAAACCAGAGGAGUAUAAACUGGGCAGGUCAAAAAUCUUCAUUCGCUUUCCAAAAACCCUCUUCCGCACUGAGGACGCUCUGGAGCUGAAGAGGCCGACAAUCUCAAUCAUACUGCAGAAGUGUUGGAGAGGCUACCGGGAACGAUCCAAAUACCAGCGCAUCCGACGUGCAGUGAUCACGAUUCAGUCCUGGUGGAGAGGGGUGAAAGGGCAGAGGAGAGCCAGGCGCCGCAGACAAGCCGCAAACACCAUUCGAGCGUUUAUCAGAGGCUUCAUUUUGAGGCAUGAGUCUCGCUGCCCAGAGAACGAGUUCUUCCUGGAUCAUGUGCGCUUCUCGUACUUGAUGACCAUCAAGCGAAACCUGCCGAGAAGCGUUCUGGACAGGAACUGGCCCAUACCGCCACCGUCUCUGGAAGAGGCCUCCGUGUAUCUGCACCGCCUGUGCAUGCGCAACAUGGUGAACGACUACUGCAGGAAAAUCCAGGCCGAGUGGAAGAACCAGCUGGAGCAGAAGGUUGUGGCCAGCGGCAUCUUCAGGGGUCAGAAGGACAACUACCCUCAAAGUGUGUCUAAGCUGUUUGUAGGCACCAGACUGGAGAAUGAAGAGAUCAACCUGAAAGUGCACCAGACACUCGGAAGCGAAAACAAGGUGAAGUAUGGCGUGUCGGUCAUCAAAUACGACCGGCGUGGUUUCCGUGCUCGGCCGCGACAGCUGCUGAUGACCGGCUCUUCGGUCAUCAUCGUUCAGGAGUCCAAAAUCAAGCAGCGCAUCGACUACAACUCACUGCUGGGCGUCUCUGUGAGUUCCCUGAGCGACGGAUUCUUCAUCCUGCACGUCCCCACGACCGACAGUAAGAAGAAGGGCGACCUGGUGCUGCAGUGCAACCACGUGAUCGAGGCCGUCACUAAACUCGCCAUGAUGGCAGACAAGAUACACAUCGUCAACGUCAGCCAGGACAGUAUUAAGUUCGCGAUCGCUCGUGGUAAAGAGGGUGCGAUCGACUUUACUUCUGGGGCGGAGCUGAGAGUCGUCAAAGGCAAAAACGGACACCUGAUUGUGACGGCACCAUUAACCAACAACAGCGUGUGAUCACCCGUCAACCAGCUCGCCACAGGGCUAGAUCGCUCACCACGGACCGUCGUUUUUACUGAGGAACGAUCCACUCCAGCCAAUCACCACGCGGCUCUAUGUGUUUGUGACCGUUUCUGAUCGUGCGCCACUAACACUUCAUAUUUUUUAUCAAUUUUUAUCUGUUUACAGGUUUAUCACAUCACCAGACUAACCAAACGUACACAGAGAUGUAUUUCACGUAACAUUUUGGACUUUUAAUCACGUCACGUCACGUCGAUGAGCUUGCUAUCAUGAGUUUGAAUAGUUCUGUAGGAACCUUUACACACUUCGUUUGAACAGACAGUGAGAAUAUAAGAUUCGCUUUAUGUUUUAAACCUCGUUUUAUUUCCGGCGUGUUUUUAAUUCACCACGAAGCAUCGAUCACGUUGUAUGUUUGUCUGAUGCAGUAAAUCACUGAGCACUUCAUGAAAACCCA